AAUUCAUGUCUGUGAUGGUAGAUUUUAGUGGAUUUCAUCAUCUCUGCUGCUUAUUUGACACAGUUCUCACACAAUACUCAUUCCUUGCGUAUAUGCAAAUAUGUCUUUGGGGGACUGAUAUAUAUCUUAGCAGUGCCUUUCUACUAUGAUACUUCAUAGUUAUUUGGAAGAACAUAUGGACAGAAAGCCAUCUCACUUGUAUCUCUUGCUGGAAAUGUCAGUACCUUGCCUCCUCUGUAUUUUACAGUAAAUAAAUGGAUGUGGCUGUUCCAGUUUCAAUGUUUACUACUAGCUCUGGAAGUCAGGCUACAGUUUAAAGUGACUUCAGGAAGUAAACGCACUGAAGAAGUAGAAGAUGGUGCCACAUACUGAAUCCAGCACUCCUCUGCCUGUUGAUGUCUUCAGCACUCCCAAUGAGAAGCCCUGCUUGGUGGAUUCUGACUUCCGAUACAGACUUUUUACUGUAUCUUACAGCAUCAUUUUCAUCAUAGGAGUCAUAGCAAACUCUUAUGUGCUGUGGGUAUUUUGUCAUAUGUAUCCUUCCAGGAGACUAAGUGAGAUCAAAAUUUUCAUGUUAAAUUUAACUGUAGCUGAUCUUCUGUUUUUACUUGUCUUACCUCUCUGGAUUAUUUAUUAUUACAGGAAUGGGGACUGGACACUCCCUGGCUUCCUCUGCAACAUUGCUGGAUGCCUGUUUUUCAUUAAUAACUAUGGAUCUAUUGCUUUUCUUGCAGUGAUAAGUUUUAACCGCUACUUGGCUGUGACAAGGCCUGUUGAAACUGCUCAGUCUACGGCUAGAAAGCGUGGCAUUGGCAUCUCUGUGGCUAUCUGGAUUGUUCUAGUGGCUUGUGCCUCACCAUUUCUUUUUCUAGAAGGACUCAAUAAAACAUCUAGGAAUGACUCCAACAAUAUGAUUAAUGUUACACGAUGCUUUGAAGACUAUGAGAAAAAUACUCCUGUGCUGAUCAUCCAUUUUAUAUUGAUUGGGUUUUUCUUUAUCAUUUUUUGUGUGGUCAUUUUCUGUAAUCUUCUCAUCAUUAAAACACUCAUAUCACAGCCAGUGCAGCCUCGACAUAAUGGAAGAAUGAAGCAGAAGGCACUCUGGAUGGUUUGUGCCGUUCUUGUUGUUUUUGUAAUCUGCUUUGUGCCUCAUCAUCUGGUCCAUGGACCAUGGACCCUGACAGUGUUGAAAAUGUGGCGUGAGAAGGACUGUGACUUUCGCCAGGCACUUCAUGAUGCCCACCAAGUAACACUGUGCCUCAUGGGAAUGAACUGUGUGCUAGAUCCUAUAAUAUAUUGCUUUCUUACUAAAAAUUUCAGGAAGCAUGUAGUUGAACGUAUUAAAAGUUUCCAAAGUAGUCGAAAGUGUUCCAAAGUGACCACAGACACGGGUUUAGAUUGUGAAUUUCCCUUAAGUGCAAUUCUUCCUAAGCGAGAUUUGCAAAAUGCUUGAAGUUAACAGUAAAAGCCUGAAGUU